CUAUAUAAGCAAGGCACUGCCCUGCCACCCGCCCGCCGCACACUGCCGGACACAAGAGCAUGGCCCCAAAGAAGGCAAAGAAGAAGGCAGAGACAGGGAGCUCCAAUGUCUUCUCCAUGUUUGAUCAGACUCAGAUCCAGGAGUUCAAGGAGGCAUUCACCAUAAUGGACCAGAACAGGGAUGGAUUCAUCAACAAGGACGAUCUGAAAGGAACCUUCGCAGCGCUGGGUCGGAUAAAUGUGAACAGCGAGGAGCUGGAUGAGAUGUUGAACGAAGCUCCUGGGCCGAUAAACUUCACCGUCUUUCUCACAAUGUUCGGGGAGAAGCUGAAAGGUGCCGACCCAGAAGAAACCAUUCUCAAUGCUUUCAAGAUUUUUGACCCAGAAGACAAGGGACAUAUCAAAGCUGACUACCUCAAACAUAUGCUGAAGACCCAGGCAGACCGAUUUAAUGAAGAGGAGUGUGAGCAGAUGUUUGUUGCAUUCCCUCCUGAUGUUUCAGGCAACGUUGACUACAAAAACCUCUGCUACGUCAUCACUCAUGGUGAAGAGAAGGACUAGGAAUGAGGGAGCUCUCCACGCAAGGAAAAGACUGGAGCCGGGAGCUGAACAAUAGAAAAAGAGUUGACAGAUGGAUAUGGAACCAUUGUGUUUUAUGUGUGUUGACUUCCAAUAUCCUGAUGUUGACUCAUUGUUUUAGUUAUGCAAGUAUUUUACAGCUAGAUUUACAACCCUGGUCAUGACUCCAACUAUGCUGUAAUAAAUAUCUUCUGCUAGCGUU